CCGGUUUCCUAGGCGGGGUCUCUAUCCCAGUGCUCUCUGGUCCUCCUGGAUCAGCCUCAGCAGGGAGCCCAGCUCCGCGUAGACCUGGCCACCGGGACCUCUCUGCCUCCCGCCCGGGGUGCCACGCCGGCUGCGGGCUCAGCUGCAGAGGGCAGCACGCGGCAGACCGCCAUGAAUGGGCAUCCGCGCCCCGCCCCCUCAUCUGAUUGGCUCGUGGUCCGUGACGUCACGAGAGCUUUUUAAGGCAGAGCCGCGGCCCGCUCCACAGUCGGCUAGGCGCCGGAGGUGGGGGUGCUGCGUCCCAGUAAGACGUGCGGGAGCGGUAGUGCGGAGGUAACUGCUGACCUCGCCGCGGGGCUGGCCAUUUCCAGGUCCCCGCCCCCUUCUGCCUGAGCCCGCUCCCGAGGGGCCAAGUGCCCUCCUCCCCAUGGGCAACCACUUGACGGAGCUGGCGUCCGGCGUCCCCUUCCUGCCGCACCUGCAGGCCCUGCACGUGGUAGUGCUGGGGUUGGACGCGGCCGGCAAGACCUCCCUUCUCUACCGCCUUAAAUUCGAGGAGUUUAUCCGGAGUGCGCCCACCAAGGGCUUCAACACGGAGAAGAUCCGGGUGCCGCUGGGGGACUCCCGCGGCGUCACCUUCCAGGUGUGGGACGUCGGCGGACAGGAGAAACUGCGGCCGCUGUGGCGUUCCUAUACCCGCGGCACCGACGGGCUGGUGUUCGUGGUGGAUGCCGUGGAGACCGAGAGGCUGGAGGAGGCCAGGGCAGAGCUACAUCGCAUCAGCCUGGCCUCGGCCAACCAGGGGCUGCCAGUGCUUGUGCUGGCCAACAAGCAGGACCAGCCCGGCGCACUGAGCGCUGCUGAGGUGGAAAAGCGGCUGGGGGUCCGAGAGCUGGCAGCUGCUACCCUCACCCACGUGCAGGGCUGCAGCGCCGUGGAUGGGCUGGGGCUGCAGCUGGGUCUGGAGCGCCUCUACCAACUGAUCCUCAGGAGAAAGAGGGCGCCCCGGGCCAGCAAGAAACGACGGUGACCUGGGCUCCCCGUGCCCACCACGGGGGUCUGCAUACUCCAGAGCCAGCAGGGUCGCUCAUGCCUGAGAAGCUAGGGCUGGAGCGUGACAGCUUUGUGACCUCCUCUACCCACCUCUACCCUUCUAUGCUGUCUUUCUGGCUGUGUCCAGCAGGGUGGAAGUUGCUGGACUUCGUGGGGCUUCCUUAGUGCUCCCUCAAGACAGCAAUCAGAGUCUGUGAUGUGACUGUGACAUUGCCCAGGACCCUCACCAAUCCUGGCAGGUCCACAGCCUUUUUAUAAGCCAUGCGUGCUUCCUGUUUUAUUAUAUUUUUUACCGUUCCCCUGUAAGUUAUUAAAGAUGAGGACUCACGCUCA